UAAUGCUAGAUGUUCCCUGGAGGCAGUAGUGCUAGCUGUUCCCUUGGAGGCAGUAGUGUUAGCUGUUCUCUUGGAGGCAGUAGCGAUAACUGUGCCUUUGGAGGCAGUAGUGCUAGCUGUGCCCUUGGAUGCAGUAGUGCUAGCUGUUCCCUUGGAGGCAGUUGUGCUAGUUGUUCCCUUGGAAUCAGUAGUGCUAGAUGUUCCCCUGGAGGCAGUAGUGCUAGCUGUUCCUUUGGAGGCAGUAGUGCUAGCUGUUCCCUUGGAGGCAGUAGUGUUAACUGUGCCCUUGGAGGCAGUAGUGCUAGCUGUUCCCUUGGAGGCAGUUGUGCUAGUUGUUCCCUUCUAGGCAGUAGUGCUAGUUGUUCCCUUGGAAUCAGUAGUGUUAGCUGUAUCCUUGGAGGCAGUGAUGCUAGCUGUGACCUUGGAGGCAGUUGAGCUAGCUUUUCCCUUGGAGUCAGUAGUGCUAGCUGUUCCCUUGGAGGCAGUAAUGCUAGAUGUUCCCUUGGAAUCAGUAAGCUA